UUCAGCCAAGUACUUGGAGUGAUACUUGGCUUUUGCGAUCAGUUUGCAAUUAAGUGUCGCAGAAUUAACUUGAAGAACGCUAACUGUGCACGUAUCUCUUUCUAAUAAACAAUACCAAAAACAACAACAACGAAAUGAAAUUGCUAUACGUUUUCACAUUUAUCACAUUAUGCGCUCUAGCUCGAGCAGCAGAUAGCCCAGCAAGUCAUAAUCUGGAAAUGGGUGCGCGCAUGCCAGGCGAUCGUCAUUUGACGCGUGAAGUGAUUUAUUCUAAAUCAGCAGUUCUACAAAAGAAGACGGGUGAUUAUACAUACGAGCAAAAGAAUGUACCAAAACCCGCCACAAUUACGUACUUAAAAGUGCAGGAUCAAUACACAAACGGUAAAGGCGGCUACGCAACGUUGACAAGCGGUGGUCCUGGCUUUAGUUACGUGAACAUACAUUUCACCAGUAAACGGUGGCGUGGAUAUAAUUUUAUUAUUGAUAUUUAUGGAAUUUAAAUUUUUUGCCGUGCUGUUCGCCGAUGGGUUGGAAAUUUGAAUUUUUGUGCAUUUCUCAUGCAACGUUUGUGGCAGAAUAAAUUACGAAUAUCUUUGGAA